GUCGGUCUCUCGGGGGUUUGUUGUUUGCUAUUGUUACCUGAGGGCGGUGCACCCCUGAGGCUGCGUUUGUUACCUGAGCGUCAAGGGACGGGCAGUUCACCCCUUUUCUGUGCUGGCUGGAAUUGCUUGUGUUUGUUCCUAGUCAUUGCUCAUGUAAUGCACUCCCUUAACCAGGAAAUUAAAGCAUUCUCCCGGAAUAAUCUCAGGAAGCAAUGCACCAGGGUGACAACGUUAACUGGAAAGAAAAUAAUAGAAACAUGGAAAGAUGCCAGAAUUCAUGUUGUGGAAGAAGUAGAGCCGAGCGGUGGGGGUGCUUGUGGUUAUGUGCAGGAUCUUAGCUUGGACCUGCAAGUUGGCAUUAUUAAGCCGUGGUUGCUCCUGGGCUCACAAGAUGCUGCUCAUGACCUGGAUACACUGAAAAAGCACAAGGUGACUCAUAUUCUCAAUGUCGCAUAUGGAGUUGAAAAUGCCUUCCUCAGUGACUUUAUUUAUAAAAACAUUUCUAUCCUGGACCUGCCCGAAACCAAUAUCCUGUCUUAUUUUCCAGAAUGUUUUGAAUUUAUUGAACAAGCAAAAAUGAAGGAAGGAGUGGUUCUUGUUCACUGUAAUGCAGGGGUCUCCAGGGCAGCUGCGAUUGUAAUAGGCUUCCUGAUGAAUUCUGAAGAAAUCUCAUUCACCAGCGCUUUUUCUUUGGUGAAAAGUGCAAGGCCUUCCAUAUGUCCAAAUUCUGGCUUCAUGGAGCAGCUUCGUACGUAUCAAGAGGGCAAAGAAAGCACCGAGUGUGACAGAAUACAGGAGUUAGAAGGGGACAACAGUCGUGAGUUACACUAGUGGACGACGGACAAGUAAUGUCUGGGUUGGCCUCUAUAACCACCUUUCCCCUUUUUUAUAGAGUAUGGUAAUAAAAACUUCCUUUUUUUCUUGGAUUUUUUCAAGUGAAAAUGGGGUCAAUUGAUUGUCCUGAGCUAGUCUAUAAAUAAUUUUAAAAAUUAUAUUAUUUUCUUUGAUAUUAUAAUGUGUGAUUAAAUGCUGCUUUGAUUUGCUAAGGGAGAAAAACAAUGUAUUCCAAAAAGUGAUUAUGUACAAGAAAAAGUGUUUAAAUUUAAAAUCUAUGUUAGAACAUGGAAAGAUUAAAUCAGUUAAUUAAGACUUUUGGUACUUUUCUAUUCCAGCAACUGUAUCCAUGAAGGAAGAAACUUGAAAUGCUACUUGACUUACCAUUUCAGAGGGAGAUAAAUUUCUUUAUAAAUAAUUUAAGAUUAAAAACCAACACCUUAAACCUUCCAAAAGAGGUAACCAAAAUGUGAAGGUUUAUAUAAUAUGUAUGUAGUGGUUAUAGUAUUCACAGAAUUUUUAUGUCCUUUAUGUAAAUGUAUUCACUUUUCAUUUUGAUUUUUUAAAUUUAAUUAUACUCCCUGGAUUUAUAUUUUAGGGUUUUGUGUAGAUUUUUCUCCCUGACAGUAUUAUGAGUUUAUGGUGCUUUGAUUAGGUGAAGCUGGUCUCCAACACUGUAUGCUUUUUAUCCUGGGCUCCUAGCAUUCCGUUUUUGGGUCCCAUGGCAUAAUUUUAUGAUCUUCUUGGAUCUGUGGAAAAAUAUUUUAUACUGAACGAUCAUUUUUUUAGAUGUGAUUUGUUUAAUGAUCUGUUUUUAAGUUCAAUAUUCUACUAGACAACAUAUUUUUAAGGAAAGAAGGGUUAUGGUUUUAUAAAGAAUUUUAAAUAUUGUUAGAAAGCCUAAAAUUAUUUACAAUUUCAUCUCUGGCCAGAGGCCUUGAAUAGUUUCUUUUUAAAAUAUUAAGUCUCCAGGGGGAUGGUCUAGGCAGAGGGGUGGAAAGGGGGAAAAAUUGGGACAAUUGUAACAGCAUAAACAAUAAUAAAAAAUAAAAUAAAUAAAAAUAAAAAUGAAGUAUUAAGUCUCCAUAUUGGCAAGGCUGAACGCUAUAAAUUUGCUUAAAGGUAUUUUUUGACUUAUUCAAAAUAAAGCGCACUUAAAAUUAAUAUAAUAAUUAUGAUAGGAUUUAUUUAAUAGCUUUUAAGUAACUCUUUUUAUGACUUAGAAAGUAUUGUUGUCAUUUGGAUAUUAAGAAAGUCAGUUCCUCUUAAACACAUAAUCUAGUAUAUUCCCAUAUGUAAGUUAGAAAGUGCACAUUAAGCACAUCUGUGUAUUUGAGGAAGCAGGCUUUCUUAUGCUGUCAGGGGCAAAAAAGUAGAAGUGAUCAGUGCAAAUUAUGUUUUGAGAUCACUUACAGGUUGACAAGAUGCCAUCACAUGCAACACUAUGAACUUUGCUUCUGUUGGGCAGUAUAAAUGUAAUCAACCUACAGUGACUUUUCUGAAGCCAACAAAGGCAGAUAGAAUUGUCCUAAAUAUGAGGCUGAUGUAUAAUGUCUCCAUAGUCAGUAUUGCUGAGCGUUUUCAGGAUGAACCUUUUCCAGUCACGUAAAAACAUUUAUUUAAGUGCAUUUUCUUUUGGUAGGUGCUGUUAUCAGCCAUUAAAUUUGAAGCCUUGAAUGGAAUUUGUUCAUAAUGGAUAGUAUGUUACUUAUGUCUGUGUUUUGUAUGCUUAGAUGGUGCCUGUAGUUAUUUGGUUGUGGUGCAAGCAGGUAUCACCUACAGAAAUGCUUUGAGCAUCUAUUUCAUUUUAUCUGAAAUGAUGGCAGUUUGCUAUAUCUAAAAUACAUCAACAAAUGUAAUCCAGUCUUUUAAAUUAGGGAUAUAUAAGGCAAUGUUGGGUCAUAUAUAUGAAUAUAUAAUAUAUCUAUUGUGUUUCCCAUGGAUAUAAGUCACUCUGUCAUACCUGGUUAUUUAUAAAAAGGAAUUUUAUCAUUAUUCUUUAUCUCACAUAUUAUAAAUAAAAAUAUAUACCAAAUAUAUGUCUGUUUUGAGAGAGAGGGAAAAUAUUUCAAGGAGUUUUUACCUCGAUUUUAAAAUAGAUUUUUCUGCAAUUUUUCAAAAGAAAGGAGGAAAUGAAAAUAUCUUUUUUUUUUAAAUUUAAUUUAUUUAUCUUUAGAGGGGAAGUGAAGGAGAGAGGGAGAGAAACAUCAACGUAUGGUUGCCUUUUGUGCAUCCCCUGCUGGGAACUGGCCUGCAGGGAACCGGCCUGCAACCCCGGUAUGUGCCCUGACUGGGAAUCGAACCGCGAUUGUCUGGUUCGCAGGCCCGCGCUCAAUCCACUGAGCUACGCCAGCCAGGGCUGAAAAUAUCUUUUGUUUUUAAACAUUAAAAAGAAAUAAAAUAUAAAGCCUUCCUAGCAACCUGAGAAAGAUGAUCAGAAAAAAGACUGGAAAAUAUAAUUCUAUUUAUUUGAGGAUAAUAUUUUUAAAACAUUUUGCUAACUUUAUGUUUUAAUAUAGGCUUGUGAUGAUAUAUAGUUUGUAUUGAAAACCAAAAAAUAUUUAAAUUUUGAAAGCUGAAGAAAUCUUUUUCAUGGAUUCUUUUGGAUAAAAUUUAGACCCUGUAUUAAAAGAUUUCAGGGAAAAUGGAGUGUAGUAUUUAAAGUCGUCAUUGCAGUUUUACUUGUGCAUAACUUCUUUCCUGUUGACUAAAAUGUAUGAAUAUACAACAUUCAUAUAGUAUGAAUAUGUAUCAUGUAACCUAGGGUACAUAUUUCCAUUCUGAUUGAUAAUUUCACUGAUGGUGGGGAAACCUUCUGAAUUUGUCACCUGAUUAUUAGUAAUAUAAAUGGUUCAACUGUAUAUAGCAAGUUUCCCACAAAGGUAAUUUCUCCAAAGAUUCUUGAAAGUAACAGAUAAAAAUCAGAGUAUUGUCAUAUAAUCUUACUCAGUGAGUUAACUCAAUGAAUUGAUACCUUUAUAAGCAAAGCUACAUUUGUUCUGAAAUAACAAAUGUAGCACAACAAAUUAUUUAGUUUUGUCAGGUAACUGUGAAUAGUUGAUUUUUCUGCCCAAAGGAUCCUGAGCAUAUUCAGUCACAUGUAGUUAUUUAAGAGUUUAAACCAGAAGACUUUAAAGUUUUAUAUUCUUGUAAUAUAUGCAGUGGCAUUUAUAGUUAACAAAUUUAUGGUCGUUUCCACUGAUAUACUUUAACAAACAUUUGAAUUACAAGUGAAGCUGGACUUGUUUUGUAUCCAUAUUUACAAUGUAUUCUUUAUUGU